UGCAAAGUUGUGAUUAGUUAAUUUGAUAUACCUUCUUGUGUUUCAAAACUUUUGUGUUAAGUCACACGUCAUAAGUAUAAUGAUAUUGUUUUUUCUUUCUCAGGUAAAUUUUCUGUCACAGAUUGGAGUCAUAUUGACAAUGUAAAAUAAGAUAUUCCAGUCGGUUUCUGGUAUCGUAUAAAAUGAACAAAUCUCGCUCAGAAAGUGGUAUUCGCUGUCUGGUUUCAAAGUAUUCGGAAUGAAAACUAUACGAUUCAAACUUUUAAUGGAGCCUGGCCUUGUAAUCCUCGUUUCUUCUAUGCUUAUCAUUUUAUGUGCAAUACUUCCAAGUGUUUCAACACGACCAGCAGACACGGAUAAUGGGGAUAACAUUAAACUUAGAAAGCGCCCUUCACUUGCUAAUAUCAGACAUAGUAUUCACGAAUUAGAACAAAUUGAAAGAUACUACCAGCAACUUCUUAUUCGAGGAUAUCUUCCAGAAAGUGAUGCUCGUCGAUUAGAACUUUUGCAAGAAUUCAUCGAGCAGUUGAGGAAUCGUUUACACGCCCUUACUACUCAAGAACACACCUAACAUGAAUGCUUUCAAAGAACGUAAAGACAGAAUUUAAUAUAUUAUUUAGCUAAUCAUUGUGAUACUUGUAUAUACUCAUAAGUUUUCUUAUGUGAACUGUUUAAGAUGUAAAGAUAUAUUUCACAUAUCCAUUGCCUCAGUAGGGUAUUGAAUAUUAUAUGUAUUGUAGACAUGUGAUGAAUGAUUCAAACACGCCUGCAGAAUCAUCUUUUUUAUUAAAAAAUAAAGUUCUGUUUUUUGUUAAAUUGUUAUGACCAAGAGUAAACGUUAUGUAAGUAGCGUAAAAACUAUGCUUAUGUGAAAUAGCAAACGGCUUGCCGUCAUAUUUAUAGUACGUAAUAUUUAUUUAAUUUGGCCUCAUUUUUUGCAUAUUUAUUUUUUUGUAUAUUUUGUUUCUUUGAUUUG